AUGUCGGCUGAAGCAAUAGCACAGCCUAGUAGCGAAGAAUCGCUGGUUAUUGGAAUCGAAGAAGAUGUCAACAGGUUUACCUGUGACUAUAUGUCCAGCCCGUCACUUGAGGGACAUAAUGAGGAAGUCGGGCCCAAAAACGACAAUAUAUUGCCAAAAGUUGGGCCGUUUGUCCACCUAAUCGAAUUAAACUUAGUUAUAUGCCUCGAUUGCAAGACAGCUGUCCUUGCCAGGCAGGUGAAGACAUAUUAUGUCGAUCCCCUAUAUCGUCAGCAUUUUAUACUCAAAGAACGCCGGAACAUUAGUAACCAGAUCGUGGAGAUACCGAAUAUCAUCAAGGAUGCAGAUGGAUUUUUAAAAAUUCUAUAA